CUCGGUUGUAGAUUAUCAAUUAGUGAUAUACCAAACAAAUUUUAUAAUUAUAUACAAUUUUGAUGAAGCAUGCGCGUGCGAAAAGUCUGUCCGCGGGUCUCGUUUAUAUAAGACGUACACGUCCGACGAACGAUGGCAGUCGCAACUUGAAGAUUACAAAUAGACUUCAACGCCUGCCGAACUCGUCUUGAGAAAAUACACUACACAUUCACUCGCCAACAUGAAUCGUCUGUUAAUCGUAUUGGUUAUUGCAUUGUUCGGCUACUCACUGGGUGCACCAGGAUACGGUGGUAGACACGAAGAGCAUGAAGAACAUGGUGGACACAAAGUAGAUCAUGGUGGGCACAAAGAAGUACAUGGUGGACACGACUUUGGUGAACACAAAGAAGAAUAUGGUGGACACGACUUCGGUGGACAUAAACAAGAAUAUGGUGGACAUACACAAGAAUAUGGUGGACAUACACAAGAAUAUGGUGGACACAAAGAAGAACAUGGUGGACAUGACUUCGGUGGACACAAAGAAGAACAUGGUGGACACGACUUUGGUGAACACAAAGAAGAAUAUGGUGGACACGACUUCGGUGGACAUAAACAAGAAUAUGGUGGACACAAAGAAGAACAUGGUGGACAUGACUUCGGUGGACACAAAGAAGAACAUGGUGGACACGACUUCGGUGUACACAAAGAAGAACAUGGUGGACACGACUUCAGUGGACAUAAACAAGAAUAUGGUGGACAUAAACAAGAAUUUGGUGGACACAAAGAAGAAUAUGGUGGACAUAAAGAACAUGGGCACGGCUCAGAUCAUCAUGGUCAAGAUUUCGGACAUGGAUCACAUCAUCACGGCCCAGAACAUCAUGGUCCAGAACAUCACGGUCCAGAACAUCAUCGUCCUGAACAUCAUGGCCAAGAUUUUGGGCACGGUUCAGAUCGUCACGGUGAGCAUGGUUCAUACCAUCAAGUACAUGGUGUUGGUUUCUACUAAAACUUUAAUCGCAUCGUGAACGCCAUACCAAUUCCCUAAAUCACCAUUUUCUAGUUAUGUACAACUUAAAUUCGUAAUCUUAUUUAUUGCAUUAUAAUUUAUUCCUAAAUUGUAAAUUGUAUUAUUUUACUGUACCUAUAUAUGUAUACAUUAUUAUAUAAUAUUUUGAAUUGUAACGAUUACAACUCAACCAAUAAAACAUUUUUCUAUACGAAAUAUAA